GAGUGACGGUAGCGUUCAGCGCUUCCUUCUGGCCCGGACCCGAGUUGAGGAACGGAUCGCCUGCUCAGAGGCCAUGACCCAAGCCCAUCAUAACGUUUAAUGGGCUAAUUACUAGUAUGCCACUCGCUUACUCCGGUUACUUUGCAUCGAGUCCUUCGGCUCCAUAAACCCUACGCUCUGUCACUCUCUCUCUCUCUGCUCGCGCAAAGUUCGCAACUUUACGACCUCCCCCAACACUCCGUUCAAAACGUUAAACCCUCGUCUCGGAGCUCCUUAUUUGACAAUGGCUGUUUCCCUGAAAUCGAAGAAGCCUUCGAAGGCCCCAGAAGACAUAGAUACUCUCAAAUCGGACGUAGCCUCCUUUGCUUCUUCUCUCGGCCUCUCCUCCUCUCUCCCACCUUCUUCCUACUCAGGCUUCAACGAUUCCGAUUUUCGGAAAACAGGUCCUCUCAAACCAAAACCCACAAAACCACACAAGCCAAAGACCCAAAACACCAACAAUACCAACGAGGAUAAAGAAAGACCCAAGCCUAAGGGGUUUGACAAAUCACAACCAAAGGGCAAUCACAAGCCAAAGACUCAGAAUUUAAAUCCCAACGGGAAAAUCUGGAGUAACCAGAAGCCAAAGGACCAGAACUGGAACAAAAACGAGAAGGCCAAGGCACCCGUAUUGGAACUUGAUGAUCACGGUAAGCAACAGGGUUUUAAUAAAUUCAAGAAUUUACCAAAACUGCCACUAGUGAAAGCUAUUGGGGUAGGAGUGUGGUAUGUGGAUGCUGCUGAACUAGAAGCAAAGGUGGUUGGAGAGGGGAAGAGAUCGGAAGCGAGGAAUGUGGAGCAAUUGAAGACUGUGGUGGAGAAGAAGAGGGAGCUCGGGGAACGGUUGAUGGCACAGUAUACGAAGGAUUACGAGGCCUCGAGAGGGCAGAGCGGGGAUAUUAAGAUGUUGGUAGUCACACAAAGGUCUGGUACUGCAGCCGAUAAGGUCUCGGCAUUCUCGGUUAUGGUGGGGGACAAUCCAAUUGCCAAUUUGCGGUCACUCGAUGCGCUUUUGGGAAUGGUAGCAUCAAAAGUUGGGAAGCGCCAUGCAUUGGCAGGUUUUGAAGCACUGAAAGAACUGUUUAUUUCAAGUUUACUACCUGAUCGUAAGCUGAAGAGCCUCUUACAGCGACCAGUAGAUGGUCUUCCUGAGACUAAGGAUGGUUAUUCCCUUCUUCUUUUCUGGUAUUGGGAGGAAUGCUUGAAGCAGAGGUAUGAACAGUUUAUUUGUGCACUUGAGGAAGCCUCAAGAGAUAUGUUACCUGCAUUGAAACACAAGGCGUUGAAGACAAUGUAUGCGCUGCUGAAGAGUAAAUCAGAGCAGGAGCGCAGAUUGCUUUCUGCAUUAGUCAACAAACUGGGAGAUCCUGAAAACAAGGGUGCAUCCAAUGCUGAUUUUCACUUGGCAAACCUUUUGUCUGAUCAUCCCAAUAUGAAGGUGGUGGUCAUUGAUGAGGUGGAUUCUUUCCUCUUUCGGCCGCAUUUAGGGUUACGAGCGAAGUACCAUGCUGUUAACUUUUUAAGCCAAGUUCGAUUUAGUCGUAAAGGAGAUGGGCCAAUAGUGGCUAAACGUUUAAUAGACGUGUAUUUUGCACUUUUCAAGGUCCUGAUUACCGAGGCUGGUACUGGUGCUGAUCAAAAGAUAGAUAAAAGUGGCAAGGCUCUGGAUAAAAAAGCUCAGGGGUACCAUAAGGAUAGGAAGGGUAGUAGAGUGAAGAGUUCGUCAGAAACUCAUGUUGAAUUGGAUUCACGACUUCUAUCGGCUCUUCUAACAGGAGUAAAUAGAGCAUUUCCUUAUGUCUUGAGCAAUGAGGCUGAUGACAUUAUUGAGGUCCAAACGCCCAUGCUCUUCCAACUGGUUCAUUCAAAGAAUUUCAAUGUAGGAGUUCAAGCAUUAAUGCUUCUUGAUAAGAUAUCUUCUAAGAAUCAAAUUGUUAGUGACCGGUUUUACCGAGCCUUAUAUGCAAAACUUCUACUUCCCGCUGCCUUGAAUUCUUCCAAGGCAGAAAUGUUUAUCGGACUUCUUCUUAGAGCAAUGAAAAGUGAUGUGAAUUUGAAACGUGUAGCUGCUUUUGCAAAGCGUGUGCUUCAGGUUGCACUUCAGCAGCCCCCUCAAUAUGCCUGUGGAUGCCUUUUUCUCCUCUCUGAAGUUUUUAAAGCUAGGCCACCCUUGUGGAACAUGGUGCUUCAGAAUGAGUCAAUUGAUGAAGAACUAGAACAUUUUGAAGAUGUUGUUGAAGAAACUGCCGAGGAACCAAGCACUACAGCAAAGGAAGAGGAAAAUGAUGGUGGGCUGGUUCACAGCACUGAUGCUAUCAACUCGGAUGGUGAAUCUUCAGAAGAUGAAGAUGAAUCUCCAGCUUUUAAUUCUGAAGAUGAUGUUUCUGAUGAAGCAGAGGAAUUUCUUAUGAGAAAUGAUUCAAAAGAUAUUGAGGAAUCCAAAACAGUAUCUCCUCUUAAUGUGCAGCAAACUCAAGUAUCUUCUAAGAAGUCUUUGCUGCCUGGAGGGUACGAUCCACGGCACAGAGAGCCCUCUUACUGCAAUGCGGACAGAGUAAGCUGGUGGGAGUUGGUGGUACUUGCUUCUCAUGCGCAUCCAUCAGUUGCUACCAUGGCUAAUACUCUUCUUUCUGGGGCCAAUAUUGUCUACAAUGGAAACCCACUGAAUGACUUAUCACUUACCGCGUUUCUGGACAAGUUCAUGGAGAAGAAACCAAAGCCAAGCGCAUGGCAUGGCGGUUCUCAAAUUGAACCUGCUAGGAAGCUUGACAUGAACAACCUUUUAAUUGGGCAAGAGAUUCUUUCAUUGGCUGAAAUUGACGUACCUCCAGAAGAUCUGGUCUUCCACAAGUUUUAUGUGAAUAAAAUGAAUUCUUCAAAGAAACCAAAGAAGAAAAAGAAGAAAACAGCAGAUGAAGAGGCAGCGGAAGAUUUGUUUGACGUGGACGGUGGUGUGGAUGGAGCUGAUGAGAGUGAUAAUGAAGAAAUUGAGAACAUGCUGGAUUCGGCUAAUAUUUCCAUGAAAGCAGAUGGUGACUAUGAUUAUAAUGAUUUGGAUGAAGUUGCCAAUGAAGAUGAUGAAGACUUGGUCGGUAAUGUUAGUGAUGCAGAAAACGACGCCUCCUUGGAUAUUGCCGAGGGAGAAGAUUUUGAUACCACUGCUGAUGAUGGUCCAAGUGACAAUGAUGAUGACAUUGAUAUGGGGGAUGCAGAUGAUGGUAGUGAUGAUGAAGACGAGGUCUUUGACCAGACAAGAAGAAAACGGAAGUCCAAUGGGAAGGCCACGGCAUCCCCAUUUGCAAGUCUAGAGGACUAUGAGCAUUUGUUGAGCGAGAAUAGUCCUGCUAAUGAGCAAUCUACUAAAAAGAAACCCAAAUCACGAAAGAAGAGGAGGUCAUCUUCCCGAGAAGAACCUUUUUGACGUCUCGUUUACGGUCCUUGUAGCUGUCUGUCCGAGGAAACAUAAUUUAGUUUAGUUCACUAUUCUUGUACCCAACAACAUGUUUAUUAGAAAUAUUUUUGUUAUUAUCACGAUCAAGCAGAAUGGCUUAAAAAUUUUGAGUACGCAGAUUAGCUCUUAAAAGUUUUACUUUGAUGUUUGUAUAACCGAAGGCUGUAGAACGUUUCCCAGACACAAAGUUCUAGUUUGAAGACUGAUCUCACACGCA